AUGCGAGGAGCCAGGGCAUCCAAGAGCAGAAAAAGAGCGCAGGUGGAGCCGUGUCCAAGAGCUGCGCUGACGUUGGAGAGUGCGCUGCAGCCCCUCGUGUCCCGCCGGUUCCCUUACCGCCCCCUCCUUUCCUUCCAGGUGGAUAUUUUGUUAGCAAAGGAGGAGAAGACCAAGCUGAUGCAGGAGAAGCAGGUGCUGGAAAAGAAACUGGAAGAAGCAAGGAAGGCCCUGCAGGAGAAUCCAGUGAAGAUGCUGCCCACCUUGCCAGAGAGGAAAAUGGUGUUUAAGGGACUUGUGACAAAAAAGGAGGACAUGAACAAGCUGAUCCUCACCCCGCUGGUCCACUACCCGCUGCCGGGGGGCUCAGCUCUCAUCACCUUUGAGAAGGCAGAGGUGGCCCAGAGGAUCAUCGAGAUGAAGGAGCACGUGGUGGAGCUGAGCUACGGGGAGGAGCUGGAGGACCUUGACCAGUGCAGAGUGCGGGUGCAGGCAGCGCCGGUGGAUGUGCUGCUGCCGUCUUCCCUGGAGGUCAGGCUGACUCGGAACAGCAGGAGCAUCCUCGUGUCUGACCUGCCCAGCCUGGGCAUCCCCGAGGAGGCACUGCUGGACAAACUGGAGCUCUUCUUCAGCAAGACGAAGAAUGGGGGUGCCGAGGUGGAGAGCCGGAAGUUCCUGGACGACACUGGCCAAGUGCAGCUGACUUUCGCACAGGAUGGAGUGGCAGAGCUGCUGACUCAGAGAGGACACAUCCAGGUGCUUAUUGGGAAAGGAAAAUACGAGCUCAAAAUAUCACCAUGCAUGAGUGGAGACAUCGCUAACCUGCAGCUCCAGCCCUCCCGCUGCCCCAGGACCGUCCUGCUCUCGGGGAUCCCAGACGUGCUGGGUGAGGAGCCC